AAAUUUUCCUUUUUUGAAACAUAUCAGCAUCAUAGAUGGAAAUGAAAUUGAGCAUAUUGAACCGAUGUCAUUCCGUAACAAUUUAAAUAUUAAAAAAUUGAUUCUUAGUAACAACUCAUUGACCUAUUUGGAAGAAAAUACAUUUAAAGGUUUGAAAAAUCUUGAAAUAAUGUUACUUCAACAUAAUCAAAUUAAAUGCUUGAAUAAUAGAACAUUUCAUCAAACUCCAGUAUUAAAAAUAUUAAUGUUGAACAAUAACAAAUUAAGAUGUAUUGCGAAAGGAAUAUUUACAGAAUUAAAUCUUGAAUCAUUAAGCUUAAGUGCCAAUCCCUUUAAAUGUGAUUGUCAUCUUAGUUGGCUGCCGGAUUGGUUAAGAAAUAAUGCAAAUCAAGUAAAUGAAGGUCCAUCACCACCAAUAUGUGUAUCCCCAGAAGAUUUAGCAGGUACACCAGUGGCUAGCUUAUCACGUUAUCAUUUCAUAUGUAAAAAUUCUGCUUCCAAUUGCCUAUCUAAUGAAAAUUUACAUUUAAAUGAAAAGUCAAAUACUAAUGAGAAUGGGAUAGUUCAAAGUGUGCAAAAUUUAUACUGUGAUGCAAUGGAAACCAGUUGUUGUGAAGUAAUAACAGCUCAAACUACUUGUCCAUUAAAUUGUUUAUGCGGGACUGAUGGCGUUUAUUGUUCAGAUAGAAACUUAACAGAAAUUCCUGCCAACAUUUCACCUGAAACAACUCAACUCUAUUUGGAACGAAAUCAAAUCACGAAAAUUGAUUCAAAUAGAAUAGCCCACUUGAAAAAUCUUCAAACUUUAGUUUUAAGUUAUAACAAACUGCGUGAACUACCACCACGUGUAUUUGAAAAACUAAUAAAUCUAAAAACAAUUGUAUUGAGCUAUAAUAACUUGCAAUGUAUUCAUCCAGAAGCUUUUCAUGGCUUGUCAAAUCUUCGAGUUCUAAUACUUCAAGGCAACAAUAUCUCUAGUGUACCACAGGGUACAUUUAAUGAUCUUGAUCAACUAAACAAUGUGGCACUCGGUCAAAAUCCUUUACACUGUGAUUGUACAACUAAGUGGCUGAAUAGUUUCUUUCGUCAAAAUUUCCUAGAUAACGGAAUCUCAUUGUGUCAUAGUCCUUCAAAUAUGAGGUUAAAAUCGAUAUAUCAUUCAAAACCUACAGAUUUUAUCUGUCCAUUGAAGCAACAACAUGAUCCACAAAACGACGUAAAUACAAGUUCACUUGUAAAUAGAAACGAAAAUCUUCUUUACUUUCAAAACGCGAAAAUAUCAUUACCUAAAGAACAAUACAACCAUCAAGAUCAAAUCACAAAUUCAGAGUUGAAUCAAGAGAUUUUUAGCAGAGAAAAAGAAUCCUUGAUAAUUGCUGCUAAAUGUAUGCCAUGUUUAUUGAAUCCAUGUCAAAAUGGUGGAACAUGUUUAGCAUUAACUCAGUUGGAUUACAAAUGUUCAUGUAAACCACCAUAUUACGGUAAGAACUGUGAGCAAAGAGAUCAUAUAUGUUCAACAAACCCAUGUCAGAAUGGUGGUUUAUGUAAAAUUACAGCUUAUCCAAGUUCAUACAAAUGUAUCUGCCCGACAGGUUUUCAUGGACCAACGUGUAACAGACAAAUGGAAACCUGUAAGCAAAAUGUUUGCGAAAAUGGAGGGACAUGUGAAGUCUUAGAUAAUGAUUAUCGAUGUCAUUGUACAUCUCUAUUUCACGGUAAAAAUUGUCAACAUGAAUAUAUUUAUUGUGAAGAAUUGAAUCCAUGUGGAAAUGGUGGAAAAUGUAUUAGUUUGCCAAAGAAUAAUUACAGAUGUGAGUGUUUGACUGGAUGGAUUGGAAAUGAUUGUCAAAUAAAUCAAGAUGAUUGUGUAUAUAAUAGAUGUGAAAAUGGUGCUACUUGCGUAGAUGGGAUCAAUGAAUACAUAUGUAAAUGUCGUCCAGGAUAUGCAGGUAUUUAUUGUGAAAGGCCAACUUGGAAACAAUCAACUUAUGUAACACGUAUGGAUAGACCGUUUAAUUAUCAAUUAAUGAUUGGACGUACAUCUAUUCCUGGAGUAAGACAAUCACCAAUAAAAACUCGAUCACUAACAACACAAAAUCUGGAUACACUUUGUGCUUAUCAACAAUGUCAAAAUAAUGCUAAAUGUGUUGAAAAUCAGAAUGAUGUGUAUACAUGUAUUUGUCAAAAAGGUUUUUCUGGCCAAUUUUGCGAAAAUUUAUUCGCCAUAAAUCUACCAAGCCCUCAUUCCUAUGUGGCAGUUGUACCACCAAGUAGAGGUGCUUUAGUACCAAGUGGAACAAUAAGUUUUGAAAUAGCCACAAGAUCAACUAAUGGAAUUUUGUUGAAUUUCAUUGAUACAAGUUUAAUAAAUAAUUCGGAUGGUAUUCCUGAACAUUACUUAUUAGUCGAUUUGCAUGAUGGACGAAUUCAUAUUAAAUUCUCAUUAAAUCGAAAUUACACUGCUCAUAAUGUGAACUGUAAUGUAAAUGUAAAUGAUGGUAAUUUUCACCAAAUUAAGUUAUAUCUAGAAGCUGAGAUUCUGUUUCUUUAUAUUGACAAUAACUUAUGCAUAACUAUGGGUAAAGUCAGUACAAAGUUGAAUGAAUCAAUAAGUAAACAUGGUCACAAUAACCCAAUGCAUUCAUCUUCUAUAUUCACAUAUAAUAUGGUAAUUAAAUCGCAACAUUUGGCUUUAACAAGCCCAUUAUAUUUUGGCGGUGUACCAGCUGAUCAAUUAGAAAUAGCACGUCAUCUGACAAAUGGAAUAUCUGAACUAGGACUAACCGGUUGUAUAAGGAAUGUACAAAUUAAUGGUCGAAUGAUUGACUUCGCUCGUCUUUUUGGAGCACCAGUAGACAAAAUGAUUGUAGCAGAAGAACAUGACACCGAUUCAUCUUCACCAGAAGCUAAACAUCAUGGGACCGCAAUCGGAAUAUUGCCAGGGUGCAGACUAAACAAUGAAAAAUCAGAAUAUACCGAGUCUGAUGCAGAAUUCCAGAUAAACAAUAAUGAGAGUGAAAAACUGAAGUCAAUUAACCUUAAUAUGAACGAAGAGUUAGAGACCAGAAAAAUUGAACCAUUGAAAAUAGGACAGUUACAUUAUACAAAAACCAAUGAUAAGCCAACCUUAUGCGAUCCUCAUAGAAAUAAUCCAUGUCUUAAUGGUGGAAUAUGUGAAAAUAGUGAAAUGAAUCAAACUAUAGAGUAUCAGUGUAAAUGUCCAACUGGUUACAAAGGAGAAAGAUGUGAAAUAGUACCUGUUUGUCAUCGUGAAACCCAGCGCUCAUAUAUUCGUGAUCCUCAAACUAAUUGUAUUUCAUCAAGAAAAUUAUCAAUCCGUAAGUGUUCUGGUUCUUGUGAUUCAACUAUCAUAAAAUUCCAACAACAACAGGAAUUAUUCAGUAGUGAGAAUGAUAUUUCAAAUGAUUAUGAAUCCUUAAAAUAUCAUAAAUGGAAAGCAGUUCAUAAACGAUCAACUAAUUCUGAACGUGUUUGGUUACCAAAGAAUUUAGAAAAUAAACAAUCACAUAUGAUAAAAAUGAAAGAGUCAAACUCUCCUUACUUAGUACAUCUUAAUUCUUAUAAGACUACUCCAUCAAUGACGAAACAACAUUGUUGUCAAGCUACAAAAAUUAAAUUACGUCCAAUAUUAUUUAAUUGUCCUAAUGGUGCUGUUUAUGAACGAACAAUAAAAUUAGCAAAAAAAUGUACUUGUGUUCAAUGUGAUUGAAUAGUAAAUAGAGAAUGAUUACUAUACAAUAAUAAAUUGAAAUUAAUCGAAGCAUUAUGACCAUUUACUAAGAAUGAUCAUCGUCUACAUAUAUAUUUCAAAAGGAAAGAAACAAAUGCAUUUGUUAUUAUUUUUUGCUAUAUAAUAAACUACCUCAAUAUAUUUGUGCUUACAUACAAAAUGUUGUUAGUAAUAAUGUUCUGUUUAAGAUGAUAAACCAAAUGAGUAAUAUAUGAAUUCUUGUUAAUACGUAUUAAUUGACCUUGAUGUAGAGAAUCAGUUAAUAAUUUAUUAUUUUACAAUCUCUGUCUCUUCAUAAUACAUGAACAAUCUAUCUCUAAUUUUAUUCUUUAUAAAACAUUAUUAUUACUACUAAGUACGUACUUAUAACAAUGUAUUGAUAUAAUAAUCAUAUUUAGUUAAUACGACAAAAUUAAUUGAAUCUAUCGGUCAGUUACUUAAUCUAAUCAUGUAUCCACAAUAUAUCAGACCAUUUAAUUUAUACUGUUUAUGUUCUAUCUUAACAUUAACGAAGACGAUCACAUCAAUCAUUGAUUUCACACGCACACAGACACAAGUCUAUAUAUUUUCAAAAUCCUACCAUUGACUUUUUUUAGUCAAUUAAAUGCGGAACACCGAAUUUUAUACGUUUUCAUAUUUUUGAAAUACACAAUGCAUAUAAAUUACUUUCACAUCACUACAUAAUAGGUAUCUAUUGUUUGAAAUAACACUCAAAACAUAGUACUUCAACUAAUAAUAAUAAUUCUGAUGAUAGUAGUAUAUUCACAUACAGAAUAUAUGCAUUACACUUGAUUAAAUUCCCGGUCUUUAUUAAUAAGACACAAUUACCAAUUAAUUAUAUACUUGUAAAUCUUAAAUAACAUUUUUCCCAAUAAUUCAUUCAAUGUCCUCUUAUAUCACUGGCGUUAUUUUACCUUCAUAUUAUCAAAUAAUAAUUACAAUUAUAUUAAUAUUUUCUGUUAAAAUGAAUAGCGUAUCAAUGGAAAUUAUUGUAUUUUGAAUAGUGACUGUUUCCUUUUGUAAAAUAAAAUUCCUAUUUAAACACAA